AUGCUUCCUAAAUUUUAGAACUCUUUCGCUUAAGAUAAGAAUCUUUAAACUUUAAUAGAAUCCUUUAAUUAAUCAUAGAAGAAUCCGAAUGCAUUGCAAAGGAGUCGUUAUCUAACAUAUAUGCCUUCAGGAAGCAUAAGGCCACCUCCCAAUAGUACACAAACAUUAAACAUCUUACAGGAAAAAGUAACAUUUACAUUAUUAACCAAUCCAUCUAUCAAUUCUACUUUGACAAAUGAUCAAUAAGACAUUAUCUUGAAAUUUCAAAUUGGCAAUAGAAAUUUAUAAAUUGUUACCUUAGACAAGAUUACGAGAGAUUAGAAGGAAGAGGAGCAGAAUUAAAAUCCUUAUAUUGUAAGUGAUGCAAACUAAAUAGACAUACCAAUAUUAUAAUAAUAAUAAUAAUAACAAUAAUAAUAAAAAUAAAAGAUCGAUUUUAAACUUGAAGAUGCAGAUGAGAUCGAAGUUAAUGGAAAUGAUAAUAUUUUAACGAUUUCUACUAAAUCCAUUAUAAAAUACAACAAAAUUGAGUAAUAUAAGAAACCUGUACAAAAUUUACAUCAAGAAAUUCAAAACAAAAAUGAAGCAUAGAUGAUUUAAAUUCAUUUUAAAUUUGUAAGAGAUUGGUAUACAAAAGCAGGAAAUAAUUAAUUUAAUGCUAAGAAAGCUCUUCAAGAGUUUUUAAAAUCCUUGGCGAUCCCUAAAAUUAAAAUUUUAGCAUUUGAUCAAUAAUAAUCAUUACCAGAAGCAAUUCCAGAUCCUGAAAAAAAACCAGAGAAAAAUGAAAAACCAGAAGAAAAAGAACCAGAAGAGGAACAUGAGUAAAAAUCAGAGAAGGAUCUCUAAAAUCUGUUCCCUCAUGUUACAGAGGAGUUUGUAUAAAGGUAGAGGGAGGCAUUAGAAAAAAAAAACUAGACAACUGAUGAGAAGAUUAAACGUCUAUUUGAGGAAGUUAGGAUUAGGCAUUUUAAAUCAUAACCCUAUAAUGCAGAGAAGAAUAUCUUCAAAUGUCCUUAUCAUAAAUGUCAGAAAGUGUACAAGAAACCCAAUCAAUUGAAAAAUCAUCUGAAGACUAACCAUUAGAAAUUAUCAGAGAUUGGUUUAACAAUUGAUGACAAUGGAGAAUACAAAUAUAAUGAAAGAAUUUUAGAUUACUGUUUAUUAUUGUGGAAAGUGUAUCCUAAUUUUGUGAAGUCAGUUAUUAAUGAAAUGAGACAAAGAAAAGAUCAAUCUAGUACAUGA